UAGCAUCCUGUCUAUACUCUAUAGAAUCCGGAAAGCAUCCGCCAUCUUGUUCAACCACAUCCAAUUGUUCGACACCGGGUCCGUGAGGUGGAAGAGGUGAAUGACAAAAAUCAGAUUUUUUUAAAUUCUCUCAAUUGAGAGAUUUACUUCUACUUUCCAACGACUCCACGCCACAUUUUAAAGGGUCGUAAGGAAUAACAGCAACAUCAACAUGCAGUAUAACACCUUCCACGCUCAGCAUCCUAUUUUCGGACCUCAUCCAGGUGAAAGGAAAGAUCAGUUUGGCAAAGUUCCAUAUAUGAACAGGGUUGGAGGCGACUUUGGAGGCCCCAAAAGCUUUGUCCCCAGAAACAAUAACAACAAUAUGGGUGGAAACAAAAAUUUUAGACCCAGAAAUGAUUUCAAUGGAGUAAGACCUGAUUUUAAUGGAUAUAAAAAUGAUAAUCCACAUCAAAAUGACUUUGGAGGCCCAAAAGAUUUUAGGUCAAAAAACUUCUACAAUAAUCCUAUGCACAUGAGAAAUGAUUUUGAUGGUGAUAAGGCAUCUGGAAGUAAAGGGCAAUAUUUAAAUAUGAAAGAUGAUUUUGGAGGACCCAAACAGGGCAAUUUUCAGAAAAAUGGUUAUGGACCCAAAAAUUACAACAAUCCUGGAGGUUCAAUGCGUCCUAAUACUGUAGAAGAUUACAUGGGUCAGAAGAUGCAUGAUGAUUACAGUGAUCGCAAAAUGCAAAGCAGAAAGGCAAAACACCCAGGUGAUGGAUUAGUGAAGCCCACAUGGGACAUGUCUCAAUUAGAGCCAAUCCAGAAAAAUUUCUACAAGCCACAUGCUAAUGUUGAAAGCCGUACUGAUGAUGAAGUGCAACAGUUUAGAGCUGCAAAGGAGAUAACAGUAAGUGGAAAUAAUGUACCACGGCCAAGUCAAAAAUUUGAAGAGGGGAACUUCCCUGAUGAUAUUUUAAGUACUAUUAAAGAUCAGGGUUGGAAAGAACCUACUGGCAUUCAAGCUCAAGGAUGGCCAAUAGCUCUAUCUGGUCGUGAUAUGGUGGGAAUUGCAUCUACAGGCUCUGGUAAAACUCUUGCUUACAUGCUUCCAGCAGCAGUGCAUAUUGCUCAUCAACAGCACAUCCAACGUGGAGAUGGUCCUAUUGCUCUUAUUUUAGCUCCAACAAGAGAGUUGGCUCAGCAGAUUCAAUCAGUAGCUCAGGCAUACAGUGCUAGUGGAUUCAUAAGAAAUACUUGCCUGUUUGGAGGUUCUCCCAAAGGACCUCAAGCUCGUGACUUAGAAAGAGGAGUAGAGAUUGUUAUAGCAACCCCAGGACGACUUAUUGAUUUUUUGGAGAGGGGAACCACUAACCUUCGUCGGUGCACAUAUUUAGUAUUGGAUGAAGCAGAUAGAAUGUUGGAUAUGGGCUUUGAACCACAGAUUCGAAAAAUAAUUGAGCAAAUUCGCCCAGAUCGUCAAGUUUUAAUGUGGUCGGCUACAUGGCCCAAGGAAAUCCAAGCUCUUGCUGAAGACUUCUUAACAGAUUAUAUUAAAGUUAAUAUUGGAUCUUUGAAUCUCUCUGCUAACAACAACAUAAAACAAAUCAUUGAAGUUUGUGAGGAACAUGAGAAGGAAAUAAAGCUCAGUAAUCUACUGAAGGAAAUUGCAUCAGAAAAAGAUAAUAAAGUUAUUGUAUUUGUUGAGACCAAAAAGAAGGUUGAUGAUAUUGCACGUGCAGUAAGGCGCAAUGGACACAAAGCUUUAGCUAUUCAUGGCGACAAGUCUCAACCAGAAAGAGAUGCAGUCCUUACAGAAUUUAGAAAUGGAGUCACUUCAAUAUUAAUUGCUACGGAUGUUGCAGCUCGUGGGUUGGAUGUGGAAGAUGUGAAAUUUGUUGUUAAUUUCGACUAUCCAAAUUCCUCUGAAGAUUACAUUCAUAGAAUUGGGCGUACAGGACGUUGCCAACAAUCUGGUACAGCUUACACUUAUUUCACAACUGGUGAUGGGCGUCAGGCUCGCGCUCUUGUUGCAGUGUUACGGGAAACAGGACAGAACCCACCUGCUAAACUAAGUGACAUGGCGCGUAACAAUAAUAGUAGUUCUGGUCGAAACCGGUGGCAACAACGCAAGGAAAAUAAUAGCGGAUCAAGUUCGCCUCGUCAGAAGAACAAUAACAAUACUUGGAAUAUGAAGAUGGCUAAUGGAUCAGGCGAUGAUAACACUUUCAUGGCACAACAAAACUUUACUCAACAACCACCAAGAUUUUCACAUCAGAAUCAGAAUAAUCAAGGCUACAACAGGCAAAAUAAUUAUCAGAAGCCGCCACCAUUCCCAAGCCCUAAUGUGUUUGAUUCAAUGGGCACAUACCAAGGAGGCUAUAAUAAUGGCUAUCCAAAUGCUUACAACAACCAGAAUGCCUAUGGCCAACGUCAAUACAACAAUAAUCGUAACAAUGGCCAACAGUAUCGCAAUAACAAUUCUAACGGCAACAAGUCUAAUGGAUCUGGGUCUUCAUUUGGUUCACCUCCACCCCACUUUGCUGCUACUCCUCAUUAUACACAGAUGCAUCCACAUCACCAGGAAAUGAUUGGCGGGAAAUACUUCGCCAGUGGUGUUGGCGGGGCGGGCCCAUGUGGUUACCAGGCUGCGGUAGGUGGAGGCAUGCAGUAUGCCCACUUGCCACCCGGACCUAUGCUCUAUGCUGCCCCCGUACAACAGUAAAUGUAUUACAUCACCAGGAUGCCAGAUGUUUUAUCAAUUUUUUUCAUAGUAAUUUAACUUGAAUGUCAGUGUUUAAAUAAUAUUGCAUCUUUGUGUGGUUUUAUAACUCUACUCUGAUUCUAGAACUUGAAAUACUAUACUAUAUUUUUUAUGUAGUAAUUGGUCAUCUCAGUGGAUCUCAUCUCUGAUAUACUUCAAUAACAUACAAGUUGUAUUAAAACAAUUUAUUAUCAAUAAAGCUCAUCCUUGUUUCAUCUGGCAUUCAGUAUUGUGAACACAAAUUAUGAAUAGAUUAAGACUUCUUUUUUUGAUUCUGAAGACAAGAUAUUUGCUGUUCGAAUUUGUACUUAGUUCCAGCAUAGAAUCUAUCUCAAUAUUCUACUUUGAUUUUAAUAUUAAAAUUUUUUAUGACAUUCUUUGGAUCUGAUCGAAAUCUUGCAAAAUUAUUGCAUCGUUUUUGUCAUAUAGGAAACUUAAGUUGAAUAUUAGUUUGUGAUCGGGAAUGACAAUUAUUUACAAUUACAAUUUUGUGAUUUCUCCUUCAGAUCAAAUUUCAAUUACUAAACUUUAAUUUUUAAGUGUCUUAGACUUAGGGACUGUUCUUUAUUGGCUGUAUUUUACAUUAUUUCCAUACAAGUUACAACACCUUAGUUGAUGUGGUAAAAGCUAACCCGUUCUAAAUAAUUGAUGUGAAUAUGGCUAAAUUAAAGAAAGUCCAAAUAAAUGGUGGAUUAAUUAUGAGCAGUGUCAUUACCACCGUUAGGUUAUUGUAUCACUGUUAGCGUAGUUUGGUGUUUGGUACCCUCUUUGUAUGUAUUUUGGGUGCCUUUUGUUUUAAAUGUCUGUAUGAUGUACGAAAUGCACGAAACAUUAGAAGAUGAUAAAAAUUUUAGGGAAAGGUUUUAUUAAAUAAAUCUCUCUGAAUGUAAUUUCUCUUUAAUAUUUGUGUUAUCAUUAACCAGUGAAAGUAUGAGGGACAAUUUAGUAAUAAGUAAAUUUAUAUGCUUUUCAUAGAAUGAGACAAAUCUGUAUUGCCAGAUAGAAUGUGAAUAUUUUUCUUUUGUAUAACAUUAGUCACGUUUUGGAUCAUUGGAUAUAGUAUAGUUUACGAAAUCUAGAUUUUACAUUAAGAUUUAUGCCUAUAGAAAAUGAUGAAGUUGGCACAAUCUCUUAAAUUUGGAUUCAUAUCUUCAAAAAAGAUGUAAAUAUAAAAUCUUAUAUACAUUUAACUUAAGAAAAACAUUUGAUCGUUACAAUACAAUCAAGCAAUGGUACGUUUUGUAGUAAAUUAAGUAAUUUCAUCUUGUUUUUGUAUCAAUUUUGAUAUGUAUCUCAUAUUGUUUGUAGUAAUUCCUACUAGGUCUAUAAAGGGCUCUAAGGGCUACAACGAUUAGUCGUUACGCCGUCAAUUGGUACAAAAAAAUAAUAAUUUGUUGUAGACGCCCAUUACUGUCCAAAUAGGAUAAAAAUCUGUGAUAUUUCAUUACUAUAGCAAGUUUUUGUUGGUCAAUUUUUAAUAUGUAAGGGCACAUACCUUUAGUUUUGGGAUAGUGAUUUUCCUGCAUAUUAUAUAAAAUAUAUUUUUUGACUAACAAACUAUUUUCAUAGCGCAAGAUUUGGACAAAGCUUUCACUUGUCAUAUACAGUUCACGGGCUGAUUCAUGAUUGCUUACAUGUGUGCAGUUCGAGUAAUAUUGUUUUUAGUAAUUCAUACCAUACAUGUUGACUCCUGCCUGUUGGAGAAUUUUCAACAAGAGAGACAAUGUCUUGAGUUCCAAUGACAUUUUGUUUCCCAAACUGGAAAGAGUUCAGUGAUUGCAAGUAAUGGUAGUUAUAAGGAUGAAUAAUUUGUUUUUCCAAUUUGUCAAUUUUUUCUGGAGGCGACAAUUGUACCAGUUAAAAUAGGGACGUAAUAGUUGUAUCUAAAACCAAACUAAGUAGACUGCAUCCACGGACAUGAUGUAUGUAUAUUAGAAACGGGUCAAUGCUACUUUGUAAGUGGUGAGUAAUAUUUUGUGGGUCUCGUAUUGGACAUGGCAGAUACGGGGUUUAAUUUUUAUGUACAUUAUAUAAGUGAAAGACUGCAAUGAUAGAAUAUAAUUAUGCAUAUGUUCAUCUCAAAGAUGACUUCUAGCCUGUCCUGUUGUUAGUUUUGUGGAGUUAUACAAAGAUAAUUUAUUGGAAGUAGGGCGGCCGGGCUAGAAUAGAUAGAGCGUAAUAUCGGAAAACGUUCGUCGUGUACGGUCAAGGUAUGUCUCGUGUACAAAGUACUGCACCCACCUCUACUAAACAUCUGUGAUAAUAACACUAAGUAGCUUAACAGGCGAUUUAUAUAUGUACUAGUUAUGUCCAUGGGAAGGAAUGACAUCAUAUCUGACAUUGCAUCGUGAUAAUAAAUGUUAUUACGUCACGUAUCAAUACGCGUUCAUCAACAGUUUGGUCGCAUUGUUGACUGUUGAAACUUUUCUCUAAACAAGACUGAUUAUGAUUAUUUUAUUCUAUUUUAAUGUUUUAUACUUGUUCCGUUUUGACUGAAUGAAGAUGUCUGAAGUUGUAUUGAUAUAUUAUUAGUCUCUUCUGUUAUUUUUCAAAAUUUAUUAUUCGCUAUGUUGGAUAUGUGUCAAAACAUCGUCGUCACCAACUUGAAAUAAUAUUUGAUGCUGUUCCACUCUUCUUUAAUGUGGUAAUUUUAAGUUGAACGAAUAUUUGUGACAGUGAUACGAAGAACGUUAUGAAAAUGGUUUUAUUAUUUGUUGUUGAUUUGCAAAAUUUUAUUUAUACUUUACCAUAAAGCUAAACUUACUAUGUACCUUAUUAAGAAUUGAAUUUAUUAUUCAAAUUAUUACAGUUUAUGAAAAAUAUGCAUAGAUUUUAGGUAUGUGGCAAUGCAGAUCUUCAUUAUAAUUUAUUUAUAAAGUACAGCCAACUGAAAAGUAGGUUUGUAUUAAUAAUUCAAAUUUGGUUGAAUGUAUGUUAAAAUGGAGAAUAACUCCAUUAAAACUGUCCCGAAGGGAAUCUUCUGAAUGUUUCUAGGAAGUGCAUUUCUUCUAUGUAAUACAGUAUUAAAAUUCCGAUUAAUAAAUUGAUGUAUAAAA